CUCUUCAUCAUCUAUCCAUGUCGGUAUAAUUUUUGUAUCUAAGGUGUUUGGUCUUGUUUCCGAAGGAAUUUGGAAUAUGGGUAGGGUUCCUUUCAUUGGGAGGCUGUUCUGGAACGAGUAUCUGGCUCUGUUCAGCUCUCUCGUAUUAAUCUCCGUCGAAGUGCUAUUGCAUGUCGUAACACUCUGUCUUCCUCAGCCAAUCAUACAAUUUUGUUAUCGGCAAUCUAAAGUCUUAUUCAAGGCUCUAGCUUCACCACAAGGACGCCGAAUACGGGCACUGCAAACUUCAACCUCAGGGAAAAUAGCAUCCGCUUCAGACUUUCUACAAUUGUGCGCUCUCUGGGGCUACGAAGCGGAAGAGCAUGUUGUACAGACAGGCGAUGGCUAUCUUCUUUGUCUGCACAGGCUGCCGCGGAAGAAAGGCGAAGAUUUCUUCGGAGUGAACGCUGGCGAAGGGGCCCGACAGAAGCCAGUGGUUUAUCUUCACCAUGGGUUGCUCAUGAAUAGCGAAGUGUGGGUCUGUUUGACAAACGAAGAGCGUUGCCUCCCUUUCCAGCUCGUCGAGAAAGGAUAUGAUGUGUGGCUGGGGAAUAAUAGAGGGAACAAGUAUUCGAAGAAGUCUAUCUUUCACUCCCCGUCAUCGACAGCAUUUUGGGACUUCUCCAUAGACCAAUUCGCCUUCCACGAUAUCCCCGACAGCAUCGAAUACAUAUUAUCAGUCACUUCUCAAAAAUCAUUAUCCUAUAUAGGAUUCUCUCAAGGCACUGCACAAGCAUUCGCUACGCUGUCUAUCCACCCGACACUUAACCAAAAAAUCAACUUAUUCAUAGCACUGGCACCGGCAAUGUCCCCAGCGGGACUUUCCAAUGGAGUCGUCGAUGCUCUCAUGAAAGCAUCUCCUAAUGUCCUCUUCUUAGCUUUUGGCCGUCGAAGCAUCCUUAGCUCCACACCAAUGUGGCAAACAAUCCUUUACCCACCUAUCUUCGUCCGCAUCAUCGACAUAUCUCUCUCAUUCCUAUUUAAUUGGAGUAGCGUCAACAUCAAUAGCGAUCAAAAGCUUGCGGCAUAUCCACAUCUCUUCUCCUUCACAAGCACGAAGUCCGUUGUACAUUGGUUCCAGAUCAUCCGCAAUAAGAGCUUCCAGAUGUAUGAUGAUGAUGCAGGACCCUUGGUGAACAUCAAUAAUAACAGCCGCUACUACAAGCCCGCCAAAUUCCCCACAAAAAAUAUCAAAACACCAAUUGUCCUCGUUUACGGGGGCCGGGAUAGUCUAGUGGACAUCGAUGUGAUGCUUGGGGAACUACCGAACCAUACCCUUGCGACAUCAAUUUCCCAUUACGAGCACCUUGAUUUCCUUUGGGCAAGAGACGUUGCUGAUCAGGUGUUCCCGCACAUCUUAGAUGCCUUGAGAUCACACGGCUUACAUCACACGGGCGUGUCAGAAAAAAAACAAAAUUAUCUCUUGAAGGAAAAUGAUAGCAACAUUCCUCAUGGCCAGAACGAGAAUAAAAUUCCAGUCGAUAAUGCUCUAUCCCAGUGUGUACUGAACGAAGCCAAAUUUCCCAGACCAGCGAAUCACUUGCAUGCACAAUCGCCAGAUCUACCCUCUUAUUCUGAAGAUGAAAGGUUGAGAUGAAGCUAUUAACUAAUGGACUUUGAGAAUAUGGGACCUCGCAACACUUCCCAUGUUUCACUGUCAUGAUAUUUUUCAUUGGCAGUUCAUUCCGUUGAUUUUAAGAUAGAAUAGGUUUCUUCCCCAGUAUACCCAGAUCUAUACAGAUGGAUAAUGUACAUAAUGCAUAUACAAACCUAAUCCUACUGACUAGUAAGGCGCAACUCCAUUUCCAAUUCGAAAUAUGAUGCUUGCAAUCAGUCUCGCCCCUCACAUGGGCCAGAAAUGUGAUCAAUGCUCCGCUAGGUUUAUGGUGGAAGAAAUCCAGAAGCAAAUUUGCUCAUCGUCAUCAUUCAGGCUCCUCUCAAAGAUGAGUUUUCCCAAGUAUUGUCUUCUCAUUCAACAGAGUACAGGUACAGUGAAGGAAAAAAAGUUUGAAAUACUUGCUCAUAGACUACGGACCGUAGUUCCUUUUGACUUGAAUAACGUCUAUGGGAUACCUCUCUCCGCACCCAGAGCUUCGGUGGGUUAUCCGCAUGUAGGAGGUGUUACUCCUGCACGGCUUGGGAACCCUUUAAGGUGGAACGGAGGAUGCGGGCAUGACUACUCGGCUAUUUGCUUAAUAGAAGUUCGAAAACUAUUUCUAAGCGACGUGCCGGUAUCCAAAGGAAUUGCCCUGGUUGUUCAAGCGCAAACUCUUCGAAGGCUCAACGAAUGAAUAGAAGGCGAAGCACAGUUACAUAGUCCAUCUCCAUAUUCUCUACGCAGUAUUCGAUAUUUGUACCAAGUUGAAGGAUUGAUCUCUUGUUCUCUCUCAUGAAAAUAUAUCUAUAUAUAUAAUGAAACACGAAUAUCUGAUCUUC